UUUUUCCUCUUCCCUUCUUUAUCUUUUUUGCUUUUCUCCUCCAGCUAUGCUUCCCAUGUCUUCAGCCUUGAAUGUCACUGCUGCCUUAGGGCAGCCUCUACCUACUCUUCCCUCUCCUCGCUCCCUGGCCUCCCAACAAUGCCCUCUGGCAACUGCUAACCAGCCUUCCCCAUUCCCUUCCCCCUCUACUACUGCCUCAACACAUUUUGAAAUUCCUUUUCCCCAGUCAUCCUCUGGGUCAGCCCUGCCUUUGGGAAAUGCCUCUGACACCCCAACUUUCCUACCAAACCUAAUAGGGCCUCCCAUCUCCCCAGCUGCCUUAGCUCUAGCCUCUCCCAUGAUAGCUCCAACUCUGAAAGGGGCCCAUUCCUCUUCAGUUCCCUUGGCUCUGGUUGCCUUGGCUCCCCACUCAGUUCAAAAGAGUUCUGCUUUUCCACCUAACCCACUUACUUCACCUCCUUCCGCUGUAGCCGAGUCAGGGUCAGUGAUAUCUCUGUCAGCUCCCACUGUUCUCUCAGAACAGACUUCUAUUCAAGUUCCCUCUCAGGUAGUCCCUAAUCCAGAAGGUAUCCCAAGUCCUCCAGGUAGAGUCAGUGCUGUUCCUUCCCACCUUAUAACUCCCUUGGCCUCUGUACAAUCUGGAGUAGCCUGCUGUCCUCAGACACCACCACCUACUACUUCCCUAGCCAUCACUUCCCCUCGGGUCAGAGGUACCCCCAUUUCCUCAGCUCCUACUUCUCCACAAAACCCAGGAAGCUUCAACCUAAAGGGGCCUGUUAGUCCACCUGCUGCCUUAUCUAUUUCAGCCCAGUCUAUGCCUGUGGUGACCUCUUCUAAAAAGACUGUGGCUCCCAACAUCCCCCCGGUUUUUCCCACUUCUUUGGGCUCUUUACAGCAGAGUUCUUUUGGUUCUCCUGUCCAACCUUUAAGUCAGACAGGUCCUAAUGCUCUGUCAGAUCCUACAGUAAAUACCAUUUCUGUAGAUCAUUCUAACAUGGGGGCCUCUUAUCCUUCUCAGAGAUCUGUAAUUCCUCCCCUUCCUUCCAGAAAUGAGGUAGUUCCUGUUGCUGUGGCUGCUCUUCCAUUGGUGGCUCCAGCUUUUCCUCUGGCUGUUGACAAAGGCCCCUCUACCAUCACUAGCAUGACCUAUAACCCUUCUGGUUCCCCAGAUGUAGCUGCCACUUCUUCAUUAUCUCCUACAGCCUCUCUCAAAGGCUCUCCUAAUGCCACUACUCAGCCUUUGGUCGCCCAGAUUCCUGUUUCACCAGAAAGUCCAGGCUUGAAAGAAAUUACUGUUUCUUCUGUUGGAACCACCCCAGUUGUGAUGACUAACCCCUCUACAAUUUCUGCAGCAUCUAUUUCCUUUGAGGUAGCUACUUGUGUCUCUCCUCCAAUUUCAUCAGGUCUCAUGCAUAGUAAAAAACCAACUUCCCCUGCUACCCUGGUUAUGGCACCUGUGACACCCAAAGAGCUUCCUAUUCAAGUAGCAACCACUCUGGGGAUACCAGUUUCUCCUCCUCUGCCAGACCCUGAAGACCUCAAAAAUCUCCCUACUUCAGUACUGGCAAAAUUCCCAACACAAAAAGAUCUCCAAACUGUACCUGGCUCUCCAGUAGGAGCUUCUAUUUUUCCAGCCCAGGCAGGACUCCCUACCAAAAAAGACUCUAGUCUACCACCAUUGACCCUGGCAGCCUCUAAAAAUUUCCCCUCUCCCCAAAGUUCAUCAUCAUCUCUGGAGAUGUCUCUUUCUCUUGACGCUACCCUAGCAAAGAAAAGCCUUGCAGGGCCCCUCCCCAUAGGUAAGCUGGCCAGUGCUGCUCCAUCUCCCCAGAGUGUUAACUCCCCAACCUCUAUAAUCAAUACAGAUCCUUAUGCAAAUCCAGACCCAGAUAGUCUGCUUCUCAAAAGUUCUCUCACUACCACAACAAUGACUGCUUUUCCUUUGGAAAAUUCUGACCCUGCUGGGGUGACUCCUACAACUGCCAAAGGUACCUCGACUCCUACAACUACAGCCAGCCUAGAAGGAACUGUCUCUUUAGCGCCUAAAAACCACCCAGCUAAGAAUGGUACUUCCACUCUUACUACUUUACCUUUGGUUCCUACAGCCUCUGAAAGUUGCCCUGUGGCUCCAGCUGCUUUGGCACUGGCCCCUGAAAUUCCCAAAUCCGUGCCCUCUCCUUCUAUUCUCCCAGCUGGGACUCCUUCAGGUGCAAAGAAAGUUGAUGGUAUUUUUCAUAUCUCAGCAUUGCCAUCUGUCACUUCCUCUCCUGAAGGAUGCCUAACUGAGGACUCUGGUGCUUCUGUUACUGCAUCUUCCAAAGGAACCCUGACUUACCUAGCUGACUCCCCAUCUCCUUUAGGGAUUAAUGUGUCUCAGACUAAAAGACCUCCAACCAAGCAGGGUUCUGCUAUCCCUGAUGCUUCUAUUGGAAAUCUUUCAUCCCCUAUUUGUCCAGUUGAAGCUUCCUUUCUUCCAGUGGCCAGUCUUUCUUUUCAAGGCCCUGAAGGCUCACCAACCAAGAAAAAUUCUCCCACUCCUCCAUCCCCCAAAGGGGCCCCUCCUUCCUCUCCCAAAGGCAUAACCCUAUCCCCCAAAGAGAUUCCCACUACCUCAGUUGUGAUGCCUCCCUCCCCCAAAGAGGGCCCACCUACCCCAUCCUCUAAAAGGGCCCCAGCCCCCAAAAGGGCACCUACUUCUCCAGCUGUGACUACACCCUCCCCUGCAGAGGCUAUAGGAGCCCCCAUUCCCCCAGCAGUGACUCCUUCUUCCCCUAAAGGGACCCCCACUCCCCAAGCAGUGACUCUUCCCUCCCCAAAAAAAGCCACAGCAACCCCAGUUCCCAAAGGAGGCCCAGCUAUCCCAUCUUCCAAAGGGGAUCCCACUCCCCCAGUAGUGACUCCUCCCUCCCCUAAAAAGGCCCCAGCAACCCCAUCCUCCAAAAGGGAUCACACUCCCCCAGGAGUGAUUCCUCCCUCCCCCAAAAAGACCCCAGCUCCCAAAGGUGGUCCAACUACCCUAUCCUCCAAAGGGGAUCCCACUCCCCCAGCAGUGACUCCCUCCCCCAAAAAGGCCCCAGCAACUCCAUCCUCCAAAAGGGAUCACACUCCCCCAGGAGUGACUCCUCCCUCCCCCAAAGAGGCCCCAGCAACCCCAGUUCCCAAAGGAGGCCCAGCUAUCCCAUCUUCCAAAGGGGAUCCCAUUCCCCCAGUAGUGACUCCUCCCUCCCCUAAAAAGGCCCCAGCAACCCCAUCCUCCAAAGGGGAUCGCACUCCCCCAGGAGUGACAACUCCCUCCCCCAAAGAGGCCCUAGCAACCCCAGCUCCCAAAGGGGAUCCCGCUCCCCCAGGAGUGACUCUUCCCUCCCCCAAAAAGACCCCAGCUCCCAAAGGAGGCCCAGCUAGCUCAUCCUCCAAAGGGGAUACCACUCCUCCAGCAGUGACUACUCCCUCCCCCAAAGAGGCCCCAGCAACCCCAUCCUCCAAGGGGGAUCCCACUCCCCCAGGAGUGACUCCUCCCACCCCCAAAAAGACCCCAGCUCCCAAAGGAGGCCCGGCUAGCUCAUCCUCCAAAGGGGAUCCCACUCCCCCAGCAGUGACUCCUCCCUCCCCCAAAGAGACCCCAGCUCCCAAAGGUGGUCCAGCUACCCCAUCCUCCAAAGGGGACCCCACUCCCCCAGCAGUGACUCCCUCCCCCAAAAAGGCCCCAGCAACUCCAUCCUCCAAAGGGGAUCCCACUCCCCCAGGAGUGACUCCUCCCUCCCCCAAAGAGGCCCCAGCAACCCCAGUUCCCAAAGGAGGCCCAGCUAGUUCAUCCUCCAAAGGGGAUCCCACUCCCCCAGGAGUGAUUCCUCCCUCCCCCCAAAAGGCCCCAGCAUCCAGAGGAGGCCCAGCUACCCCAACCUCCAAAGGGGAUCCUACUCCCCCAGCAGUGACAACUCCCUCCCCCAAAGAGGCCCCAGCAACCCCAUCCUCCAAGGGGGAUCCCACUCCCCCAGGAGUGACUACACCCUCCCCAAAAAAGUCCCCAGCAUCCAAAGGAGGCCCAGCUACCCCAUCCUCCAAAGGGGUUCCCCCUGCAAAAAAGGUCCCAGGAGGUCCAGCUACCCAAUUCUCCAAAGGGGAUCCCACUCCCCAAGCAGUGACUCCUCCCACCCCCAAAAAGUCCCCAGCAACCCCAUCUUCCAAAGGGGAUCCCACUCCCCCAGGAGCGACUAUACCCUUGCCCAAAAAGGCCCCAGCAUCCAAAGGAGGCCCAGAUACCCCAUCUUCCAAAGGGGAUCCCACUCCCACAGCAGUGACUCCUCCCUCCCCCAAAACACCAGCAACUCAAGCUCCCAGAGGAGGCCCGGCUACCCCAUCCUCCAAAGGGGUUCCUCCUCCCCCCAAAAAGGUCCCAGGAGGUCCAGCUACCCCAUCCUCCAAAGGGGAUCCUACUCUGUCAGCGGUGACUCCUUCCUCCCCCAAAAAGGCCUCAGCAACCCCCUCCAAAGGGGAUCUCACUCCCCCAGCAUUGACUCCUCCCUCCCCCAAAGAGGCCCCAGCAACCCUAACUCCCAAAGGAGGCAUAGCAUCCCCAUCCUCCAAAGGGGAUCCCAUUCCCCCAGCAGUGACUCCUUCCCCCAAAAAAGCCUCAGCAACCCCAGCUCCCAAAGGAGGCUCAGCUACCCCAUCCAAAGGGGAGACCACUCCCCCAGCAGUGACUCCUCCCUCCAAAGAGGCCCCAGCAACUCCAGCCCCCAAAGGGGCCUCCAAUCUCCCAGCCGUGACUUCUCCUUCCCCUAAAAAGACCCCAGCCCCCAAAGGGGCCUCUACUCCCCCAGCCAGGACUCCCUGCCCCAAAGAGACUUCAUCCAAAGAGGCCCCCACUCUCCCAGCCCUUACUCCUCUCUCUCACAAAGGGGCCCCAUCCACUAAAGAGGCCCCCAUUCCCUCAGACAUGACUUCUCCCUCACCCAAAAGGACCCCAGUUUCCACAUCCCUCAAAGAGGCCCCUACUCCAGCUAUGGCUCCUCUAUCCCCCCAAAAGACUCCAUCAACUCCAGUCCUCAAAGGGGCCCCUACUUCCUCACCUGUGACUUCUUCCUCCCCCAAAGACUCCCCUACUUCCCCAGUUUCAGUGACAUGUACCGUGGAGUCUGUUGCCCCUCAAGCACCUAAAGGGCUUCCAGCAAAGAAGGGACCCACAGCUGUCAAAGAAGCACUUGUUGCCCCAGCUCCCACUCAGAAUGGUACACAGGCCAAGAAGAGUUCUGCUACUUCACCUCUUGUGUGCCCCGAUCCCUCAGCUAAGAAUGGUACUGAAGGAUCCCUUUCCACAGUGGCUCCAGCCCCUCUACUCACAGUCCCUACUCAGAAAGGCUCUUCAAAGCCUGCAAAAGCUCUCCCUGUUUCUCCUGGGAAAGGCAAAGAUUCUCUUCGUUCCCCAAAGAGCCCCUUGGCUCCUCCUGAGUCUAAGGCAUCUACCCCUCUGGCAGCAGCUGCCUCUGAAAAGGUCCUUCCCAAAGGUGUAUCAGCAUCUGUCUCUCCAGCAUCCACCCCACCAGUCUCUCUGCCUCUUACUCCCACCCCAGUUCCCCCUCUGCUUCCUAAACAGCAAUUUCUGCCGUCCUCACCUGGGCUGGUGCUGGAAUCACUCUCUAAGCCCCUAGUCCCUGCUGAUGAGGAUGAGCUGCCGCCUCUGAUUCCCCCGGAACCAGUGUCUGGGGGAGUGCCUUUCCAGUCGGUCCUCGUCAACAUGCCCACCCCCAAACCUGCUGGAAUCCCUGCCCCAACCCCCUCUGCCAAGCAGCCUGUUCUGAAGAACAACAAGGGUAUUUGCCUUGGUUUGCUGUGUGCAUGGUGUGUCGCCCACACCCCUCUUGGGGGCUACCCACCAAUACUAACCCUAGGAUGCGCCGCUUUCUCCAGUGUACCUGCUUGUGUUUGGACAUAG